UUCGCUACAGUCGCACGAAGCGCAAACGAGGCGCUUCCUUUGGGGUUCGCGUAUCAUGCGUUUUCGUGGGGAGCCGUAGGUGAUCUCGCCGUGCAUCCAGUACGUACGCUCCGAGGGAUUUCCCACCGCCCGCAUUCCACCAGGAUCCGCGUCCGUUAACUUGCAGCGCGACUCUUUUGGUUGGGAAAUACGCCAGGACACAUCACGAUGGUUCUCGCGGAGAGGAAUUCCGAAAAUGUUCGGAACGGCCGUAGAUCGCGAGGUCCCAGCCCUAAUGCACAGACGGAAUCCUCCAGCGAAGAAGACGGAGUUCCAGCUGAAAAAAUCAGGGUUGGAAGAGAUUAUCAAGUUGUUGUUCCAGAAUUUAUUCCUGUUAACGAACGUCGUGCGGAACAAUGUAUUGAUAAGGCAUUGUUGGUUUGGUCACCUACUACGGAAAUACCAGAUCAAAAAUUGGAUGAAUAUAUUAUAUUGGCUAAAGAGAAAUAUGGCUACAAUGGAGAACAAGCCUUGGGAAUGUUAUUUUGGCACAAACAUAAUUUGGAACGUGCAGUCUUGGAUUUGGCAAAUUUCACACCAUUUCCUGAUGAGUGGACAGUUGAAGACAAGGUGUUAUUUGAGCAAGCAUUCCAAUUUCAUGGCAAGAGUUUUCAUCGAAUUCGACAAAUGCUCCCUGACAAAUCCAUUGCCAGCCUUGUGAAAUACUACUAUAGCUGGAAGAAAACACGAACCAGGACAUCAUUGAUGGACAGACAAGCUCGUAAAUUAACUGGCAAAGAAGGCGAGAAUGGUAGUGAAAACGGGAGUGAGCUUGGUUCCAAUACAGAUAGCGAGUCUGAGGAAAAAAAAUGGACGGUCCACCGCGGAAUACGUCGUGGAAAGAACCAAGCUGUGCCAGGAAGCCACGGCACUGACGCUAAGGCCCCGUCCGACUCGGAAAACGCCCCUCAGGUUCAGGGCUCAUGUAGCAACUGUGGCGUUGCAUGCCAUAGUGUUCGUGCGACGCCUAAAGGACAUGCGUGUCAUAGCUGCUAUCUACAUUGGAGGCGUACCGGUGUAGCGAGACCCUUAACUUCUAUGCCAGGUCGUACGAAUAAGAGAAAGCCACCCCGAGGUUUGGUUGUGAAUCACGAUGAUUUGGCGGCCUUAGCUGGUCAACCUAACCAGGCCAACAACAGCUUGGCAGCGCUUGAGACUGAAAUCGUUAGCCUAAAACGUCAAAUACAAAGUAACAAGCAACAAGUAAGUGCGCUAAAGAGAAAAACAGGUGACGGUAUCGAUCAGUUACGACCGCCGGAAGUGUCGAGUCGUAUAAACGCUCGUUGGACAAACGACGAGUUGUUGUUGGCUGUUCAGGGCAUUAGAAAAUACGGAAAAGAUUUUGCUGCUAUUGCUGAAGUUAUUGGUACCAAAACUGAGGCCCACUUACGAUCGUUCUUCGUCAAUUAUCGACGGAGAUACAACUUGGAUGCAGUUCUAAAGGAAUACGAAGCUGAAAACGGUCCCAUACUGAUCGACGAUGAAAAAGACGAGAAGAUGGAUGUUGAUCAGCCAAGUGACACCGCAGAAUCAUCACAAAAAGGUAAAACUUCUACUGGACCUGGACAAGUUGCUAAAUAACAAAUGAGUACAACUUCGAGUACAAAACGGGAAAAGAAUAACAGACAUAGCGAUAAUCGAUAACGACAUAUGACAGGUAUAUGCUUUUUCUUUUCUUUUUAUUUUACUGUUUACGGAAACACGCUCCUGAAAAUCUAAAUUUGAUAAUUUGUAUAAUAAUUUUAAGUAAAACAAAGACUAAAAUAUUUGUGUUGGCAUAUAUAAUCACCUAAUGUGUUUCGAAUGUAUAUGUACUCCAAAUUAGUCUUUUUUAAGGCUAAUUUUCCACCGUCUAUUUAUGUAAAACGAAUAAUUAUAAUAGUAUAAUUUAUUAUAUAUAAAAUUCUAUAGAGAGAUGUAUUAUAAAAUGUGGAGCUCGUUGAGAGUUCAUUUUGCAAGAAAUGUGUACUCAAGUGAAAUAAUUCACAAAUUGGAGUCGGAGAUUACGAAUCACGAUUUGAUAUUCAUAGAAUCGUGCGAAGUUUGCGAAAAGUAAAUCUCACGAAUCUUACAUAAUAGCAAGUGCAAUUUAUAUUUGGAGGUAUUUCUUGUUCUUGCGAAUUAUGAUUUGUCGAAGAUUUAUUUUUUAUGUUCAUAUUAUUUAAAACAUACUAUUUUUCAUAAAUGUUUGAACUUGUAUGCGUAAUACUUAGGAAAAUGUUAAAGAUUGAUCUCAUUGAUCUCAUUGGUGAGCUACGAGAUCAAAUGAAUUAUCACACAAGUAUCGUAGAGGUACGUUCACAGAAAAAUUAUACAUAAAAUAUAAUAAAUUAUACGACAAAAUAUUACAAAAAAAAUUAUUUCUUAAAUAAAUUGUGAAAAAUAUUUUAAUGUUUAGACAAUGAACUCUAUUCGAUGCUGGAAUAGUUUCCACUCUUCUGCUUAGAAUUUAGUUUCAUAUCUUGAUUCGUGAACGAUUCACUAGAGAUUCAAUAGAUUUCGAUCCAUCGUUAGAUCUCGUUUCCAGCGAGUGAUAUUUUUCUGUGUUGAAUCGUUUUCUUACACCAUUUUGCUUUGGAGAAAUCCAGUAUAAUAUAGAGUUUAUUGUGUUUAUAUAAAGUUUUGUCAUAUUUUUUGGCUACUGCUGUUUAUGUUGAUAAUGUGAAAAUUUUAACGUGCAAUGAAAGUGAUCAUACUUUAUAUACUUUAUAUUAUCUGUAUCUCUUCUUAGAUUUUACUUAAUACAUAAUUUUUCUAUAGUCCAUUGUUUUUUUGUGUUUCU